CAUAGUUAUGCGUAGCUGGAGUGUAUUAAUAAUUGCCUUCGCAUCUACGGGGAAAAAAGGAAAAAUGAUGCAACAGGCCUUGGUUCUUACUAUUCUUUUGCUACCUGUUCGCGGAUCAGAAAGCUGCAAGCUGUACGAUUAUUUGCGAGGGAAGGCUCGUGUAGAACCUGUCAAUGGACUAUACUAUCCGUACCGUUGCAACAAUGCGAGCACGUUUUGCCGCAUAAUACCCGAAUUUAGUUGUUCUCCAAAUUCACUACACGAUUUAACAACUGAAAUAAAUGGGGAUGAGUAUCUUCCAGUGAUGAUUGACCUUAAAUAUGAUGUAAAUAAUUCGUUACUCCAGGAUAACCAAAAACAUCGUUAAAAAUGACACUAUCAUCUAUUGUGUAAAUGGUAACUAUUGUUCAGAAUGUGGUGAUGCACUGGAUCCUAUAAGAGUUGUUACAUACAACAUAGGGCCAGCAUGCCAACAAUCUGUAUCCCAGCCAACAGUAUCCCUAUCGACUGCACUUCCACAGCAGCCUACAGCCUCCCUGCCAACAGCCUCGCAGCAAGCGACACCAUCAGUAUCUCAAAACGUGCAACCUGUAACAGAUGCAGGCCAACUGACCUUCAUUUCUGUUCACGUGUUAGGUUUGGUGUUUCAUGCUGGCAACAUUAUUUUGUCACUAGUGACAUUGAUGAUCCUUUGUUGUAACCGAAAGAAGAAUAAUUAAAAGUUCAUGUGGAUGUCAUCUGAAUAUUCUUUAGAAGUAGUUUCUGUUGACAUUGUAAGUGUGAUGCAUUCUAUCAGAUAUGGCACAUGUACGUACAGUGCAUUUCGUCAACAAAACUGAGUCCGACUGGUUCUGUCUCCCUUUAAAUUAUACACCAUUUUUAGCCAA